AUGAUCUACUACAAUAAACAUCAAACAUAUCUGCCUCCUUUAAUAAUAUGUUUACUUCUGAUAGCUCAAGCUAAUUAUUUAUCAGGGCACAGAAGUAGGCAUACGGAUAUAGAAUCAUCGGAUGAUAAGAAAACAAAUUCGGAUUCGUUUGGUACGAAAACGAAAGGGAAACACUGGACGGAAAAGUGGGAAACGAAUCAUUAUAAAAAUGGUGAAAAAAAAAAAACAAGAGAAAACGUACAAAAGGAACCGUAUUUGGAUGAGAAAAUCAAAUGGAAAAUUAACGAGGAUAGAAAUAAUAACCAGAAUCUCAGAGUUUCUUUUAUUUUUCCCCCCUUUCGAAACCCCCCUCCCUUCGUAGCACCACUUUGCUUUUAA